AUGUCAGUAUUCAAGAGCUUAUCAAUUAACCUUCCUCUAGUAGAAGCAUUGUUGGAAAUGCCGGGAUACGCCAAAUUCAUGAAAGAACUGAUUACAAAGAAAAGGAGCUUCGAAUAUGAAAUGAUUGAGGUGGCCCAUAGUUGCAGUGCAAUUAUGACAAAUGAUUCAAUCACUAAGAGAAAAGAUCUUGGAGAAUUCACAAUCCCGUGCACGAUCGGCAUGCUCCAAUUUGCUAAAGCCUUGUGCGAUUUAGGGGCAAGUAUCAACUUGAUACCCUACGCAAUAUACAAGCAACUUGGUUUGGGUGAACCAAAGGCAACCACAAUGAGACUCUUCAUGGUUGAUCGAUCAAUCAAGCACCCAGUCGAAAUACUCUAUGACAUAUUGGUAAAAGUGGAUCAGUUCAUCUUUUCUGCUGAUUUUGUGAUUCUAGACUGUGAGAUUGAUGUUGAUAUUCCCAUUAUUUUGGAAAGGCCAUUCUUAGCUACCGGGAGAGCAUGA